CGUCGCACGCCUCUUGCAGCAGCCCACCAAAGCGGGAAUCUGCGUGGAGAGGUGCGAUCAUCGUACUCAGCAAACCCUAAUUUCGCUUCGAUCGAUUGAUUAAGGUUUCUGGGAGAUUUUACCGUCUCUCCCUAUUCGUUUCUUUCUCCUCGAUUAUCGAUCGAAUUUCCGGCAAAAAAGUUAUAUUAAUAUACACCAUCACCAUAUCUGCUUGUAUAUUGUCUUGAACUUAAAUGGAAGAACAAAGCCUUGUUAAAAUCCCGGUCGUUUGGAGGGGCAACAAACUGAACGUGGAGGUUGAUCCAAAAUGGAAUGUUAAAGAAUUCGGAGAGAAGCUGCAAGGUUUAACUAAUGUAAAACCAGAGACUAUGAGACUUCUUGUUCCACAGCCUGCAAAAAAAAGUUCAAAGAUGAUCACUCCGUAUUCUGAUGUUUACUCAUCUUUAAGCUUGCAAGAAGCUGCUAUUUUUGAGGGGAAGCCCAUUAGAAUGAUGGGUGUCUUUGACAAUGAAAUUGAAGAGGUUUCAGAAAACAGUAAGAAGGCAAAUUUACGAAUAGCUGGAUUUGACGAGGAAGAAAAGAGGUUGAAGCAUCGGAUGUCAGCUAGGCCUCGGACUUCUUUUAAACUUCCACAAGGAGAGUAUAUUUUUUGUGAUUUUCGUACACUUCACAUUCCUGGGAUUGAGUUGAAUCCUCCUCCUUCUGAGGCACUGAGAAGGAUGCACAUGCUUGCAUCUGAUCCUGGAAUUAUUGCUAUUAUGAACAAGCACCGAUGGCGGGUUGGCAUUAUGACCGAGAUGGCACCUGUUGGAUAUGUUGGCAUCAGCCCUAAGUGCCUCCUAGGUUUCAAUAAGAAUCAAGGGGAGGAGAUAUCUCUGCGCCUUCGUACUGACGAUCUUAAAGGGUUUAGGAAAUAUGAAAGUAUCAAGAAAACUCUUUUACAUGAACUGGCCCACAUGGUCUACUCUGAACACGAUGCGGACUUUUUUGCUCUAGAUAAGCAGUUGAAUGAAGAAGCUGCUGCAUUAGACUGGACAAAAUCAAGAAGCCACACACUGAGUGGUCACAAGACAUUUGACAGUUAUGACGAGGAGCUAUCCUUUGAAGUAGGCAACAAUAUUGGUGGUCAAAAGCUUGGAGGUUCAUCAAACUCAUCGGCAAGUGUUCGCGCAUUAUCAGCAGAAGCAGCUCACCAACGUUUGAUGAAGUCAUCUACGAAUGGUUCUGAGGUGCAAGUUCAUCCAGAAACAAAUGGGGAUCAAGCAACUGAUGCAGCAGCUGAACCUGAUCCUGAUGAAGUUGGCCAAGAAUUUGCUUUGGCUUCUGAGCCUGACCCAGAUGACUCGCUGGUUUUUGAGAAUGAUGCCAUGCAUGUUGAUAUUGUAGCCAUGAAUGUUGAUAUUGUAGAAGAUAUUCAGAAGCCCUCCGAAUCUUUUAUACUCGAAGAGUGUAAUGAACCGGAUCCUGAUGAUUGCCGAGAGCCUAAUCCUGAUGAUUCUGAUGUUCAAGAUGCUAUGGCGAUUUGUGUGGAACCUGAUCCUGAUGAUUCCCUAAUUGGAAAGGAAACAAGAACCUCCAAGGACCCCACCUACACUGGCACAAAUAAUGUAAAUACUGAUUUUGAGAAUAAAGUGGAACCUGAUCCUGAUGGUUCUGUGUGUAUGAAAUCAAUGAAGUCCGAGCCUGAUCCUGACGACCGUGUUGAUGGCACAAAUAAUGUCAAUACUGAUUUUGAGAACAAAUUUGAACCUGAUCCUGAUGAUUCUGUGUGUAUGAAAUCACUGAAGUCCGAGCCUGAUCCUGAUGACCGUGUUGAUGGAUUGGACAGUGUAGAGCUAAGAGUGAUUGAAGAGCCAGUGGUUGCCAUAUGUUCACGACUACAAGAGGCUAUUAAGAUGCUAAGGUUGGAGGUUUCACCUCUCGAGGCAACUUCAGUGUUUCAGACACUUUUUAAGAUUAUCAGGAAUGUGAUUGAACACCCAAAUGAAGUAAAAUUCAGGAGACUGCGGAAGGCAAACCCUCAGUUCCAGAGGAACGUGGCGAAUUAUAGAGCUGCCAUUGAGAUACUCAACAUGGUCGGCUUCUCUGAAGAUGUUAUCUUGGACGAAGUCGGGAGAGCUGAAACAUACUUGGUAUUGAAGAGGAACGACCCGGGAUUGUUGUGGCUUGCAAAGUCUUCGCUUGAAAUAACCACAGCUUAAAUUUGCCACCUUAAAAUCUUAUUGAUCUUGUAAAUCCGGAAGAUUUGUAGAAUCUCCUCGAGAAAAGAGUGCGUUGUAGAGAACAGUAUAUAAUAAUGCUGUUUCUCGCUGUGCUUGUGAUUACAUGCUUGUGUACAGUGUUAUUAAGUGGAUUUUAGAAUGACAAUGUGCAUAGAAGGUAAAAUGAUGCUUGUAUUUUAUCCCAAAACUGUGAAAAACUUGAGAAAAGUUGCCGAGGUUGGGUUUGUGUAUUUUAUAUAUUUA